AAGUUGCGCUUCAAUUUAUCUUUGCAUCAACCGGAGUCUACGCAACGCAAAGUCACCUUUGCUGUCACUCUAGCAGUUUGCCGGCUCUCUCAGCUCAGCAAAGAAGCAAAAAUAUAGAAAAUAAAAAUAAAAUAAAACAGAAGGUCGUUUUUGUUGGUUAGGCAAAAUUUAAAGCCAAAAAAAUAAAAAAUAAAAAUCGUAAUUAUUUCUUCGUGCUUGAACUCCAAUUCAAAUCCAAAAACAGGAAAAAAAAAAAAAUUGUAAAUUGCAAUGGCGAAUUGGAUCUCCAACAAAUUAAAAGUCGCCGAAACUUUCCUUCAGCAGAUCGAUCAACAAGCAGCGGAGUCGCUUAGCAAGGGCGAAAACCCUCGAUCUGAUGAUCUGAAAAUCGAGAAGCCAAGUAAAAGCAGUGGCAGUGUGUCUUUAAAGGACCAAUUGAAGAAGAAAACGCAGGAAAAUGAUGAUUACAAAGGCAAAUUACGGAGUGGUACUAGUAAAUUUAAUACUCUUAGUAGUAACAAUCUUGUUGGUAAUCCCAGUCCUAGUCUUAAUCCAAAUUCAAAUCCAAAAUCUAAGUCUUCUCUCACUGAUAGUGACUGGACUCAGCUGCUUAGUACGCCUGAAAAACCUGCGAGUUCUGGGAGCCGUAGGAAAUUGGGGGGUUUGGGGAAUAGGAGUCAGAAGGGUAGUAAUAGUAGGGUGAGUAGUGGUGGGAGGUUGGAUGUUGCUUUUGGAAGUAAAGUGAAUGGUGGGAAAAAGCUGAGUGAUGGGGAUGAUUCAGGUUCCUCGGGGAGGUCUUCGAAUGUUGAACUGCAAAAUAAUGAGAAGAACUUAGGAGGAGGAGAUGUGAAAUUACAAAAGGACAGAAUUGGAGAGAAUGGUGACGUUAAGAAGAGUCAUCAGUUGGAGUUGGUGUCAGCAUUGGGGAAGGUAGAUGUUUUGUCUGAUGUGAAGAUUGGUUCAGAUGAUGCUAGUGAUCGGUUGAGUAGUGCAGGGAAUUAUGAGUCUAGCAUAGGAUCUAGGACUUCUGUAUCAGACAAUUUGAAGAGAGUUUCUUCUUCUUUAAGAGAUAACAGGUUGAAUUCGGAUUUGGACUCAGGGUCUGAUUCUGAGUUGACUUCUGGGUCUGAAAGUGAACAUGAGAGGGAAGAAAAGAGGAAGCAACGGGAGAAGAUUUUGGCUGAGAGAGCGGCAGCUAAAGCUGUGGAGGCCAUUAAAGAGCGUGAAAAUAUGGUUGCCAGAUUGGAGGGAGAGAAGCAAAGCUUGGAGAAAAUACUUGAAGAACGAGCUAAACAACAAGCAAAAGAGGCUUCAGAACUACAGACAACUACGAUGGAGACCAUGGAGGCUGUUGAGUUAGAAAAACAGAGACAUAAUAAUACUAGAAUGGAAGCCCUGGCACGAUUGGCUAAACUUGAGACUGCAAAUGCUGAUCUUGCAAGAUCCCUUGCUACUGCACAGAAAAAACUUGAAGUAGAGACUGAUCAGAUGGCAGAACUCAGACAAAAAAUUGAGUUGAAAGAAAUGGCUCAUGAAGAACUCAGUAGGAGUAUCGCCAACACUGACCAGAAGGGAACUUUUCUCAGUGAAUUAGCAGCUUCAAAAGGAAUUGAAUUUGAACGAGAAAUAGUUGAGGCAGAAUACUCAUUUAUAACUGACAAAAUUGGACAGUUGCAAGAUAAGGCUAAGAAGCUGGAAGAAGACAUUGAAAUGACAAAGGCGAUAGAGGAUCCAACAGAAGUAGAAAUUGAGCUCAAGAGAAGGCUUGGUCAGCUGACUGACCAUUUAAUUCAGAAACAAGCCCAGGUUGAGUCUCUGUCCUCAGAAAAGGCAACUCUGUUGUUCAGAAUAGAGGCUGUUUCAAGAUUGCUAGAAGAAAAUAAGUCGAUGAGCAAUAGCUCAUCUAGAGAUUUGGAAUCUGGAGUUUGGGAAUUCUCUCAGUCAAAGCUGAGGCCACAUCUUGUGGACAAAAUUCAAUCAGGGAGGAAGCAUAUCGGAUCACUAGUUCUGCAAUUGGAUUCAAUUUUUCUGGCUGGUAUGGUGUUUCUGCGGCGAAAUUCAACCGCGAAAUUGUGGUCUUUGGUUUACCUGGUGUGCCUUCACUUUUGGGUCAUUUACAUUCUAAUGUCACAUUCAAACUCAUCAAAUGAGACCAGAUCGGGUGCUGUGUUUUCCUUAGAGAAUAUCAAUAACACUGCAGCUUUAUAAUUUGUUCUACUUUUAAGAGGUUCUUUUUGCCGGGGUUUAAUUUGUUCAAUUUCCUCCCUUAACAUGUAUUACAUUCAGAGGGGUGUCAGUUUAUUUCAAUAUCGAUAUAAAUACACAUAUUCUGAGAUAAUGAAUUUUCAUUUUCAGUUUA